AUGCAUACCUUGCGUCGACCCAGGGUCGCAUAUUCGUAUGAAACAGGGUGGGCUACUGAACUAGGGACGGCAGCCCAGAAGAUCUCUAUCGAAACACGAAGGUUCACCGGUGACCUGCAUUUCCAUCCCAAUGGAUCGUCGUAUCUGGCUCCUGAGCCUGAUCAAAUACAAUAUGUGGGCUCCCCGAGCCCAGAAAUUGAUCAAAACUGGGCAGACUUGAUCAACGAUCGGUAUUUCUAUCUGUCUGAGUUAGAGGCCUUGAGCGUCUGGGGCCCGGACUUCGAUGGUUAUUAUGACAUAGUUGAUGGUCAAAAGCAAUACGUUGGAGGACUCGACAUCUUACAUACUUUACACUGUGUGAACACGUUGAGGCAGCAUCUUGACUUGGAUUACUACAUGAAACAAGACAUCCAUCAUCCUUCCCAGAUACACAACUAUCAUUGCAUCGACCAGAUCCGCCAGUACCUUAUGUGCAACGGUGAUCUGACACCCGUACCAACACGAUGGCAUGAAGGAAGAGGCAGUAUAUACGUUGAAUCUAAUAUGCUUCACACAUGCCGAAAUUUCGACUCGAUUUUGGGAUGGGUCAAGCGUCGAGAUCUUGUCUACUGA